AUGGAGCAGCUUCCCGAGAGAGUCUCGGGCCGCUUAGCCGGAGCCGGGGUUGAACAAGACGGUGCGCGGACUGACGAGGCAGAAAGCAGUGAACUCCACCGAAGCGGUAGCAAGUGGUCCAGAGUAAUUGAACCCGAGGGAGAUAAGGAGAAGGAUCGACUCCAGGCCCGUUUGAGGGAACACACCGACGAGGCGCCCGCAAACAGCAGCCAACAACGCCACAACAUUGUCAGAUCGCACUACAACGUCGAGGACUCGAAUUCUUUCGAAUUAAAGAAGACGGACGAGACUCACUUGAAGGAGCUCCAAGAAAACAAGCAACACUAUGAACUACAGGCUGACACUGUUCCUCUGCUGAUGGGCCCCUCCACAUCAGACUCCGAACCAGACUCUGGGGAAACAGGAACGACGGCCAUUGCUCCAGACAGUAUAAGCCAUGUGAUUCCCGAUCAGAUUGGACACAUGUUUUUGGACAGAACACGAAAUGCUUGGUUUAAAAGCGACAGUCUGCACCAGCUGCAGGAUGCUGAGGACGAUCCAUUCGCUGGCAUUCCUGACUUCACUGUGGACAAAGAGUGGGAGAUGCAUAGUCGGAGGCCCGAUCAGAAAAUCCAAAAUUUGUGGCUUGACGAGUUGGAAUAUGACUGGGAGGAUGAGGGCAUCAAAACCUCGCCGCAGCACAUGCGGCCUUACAAGCAUGGCUCGAUAGAGGACGUCAAGGAAACGGAGCAACUUCCGCCACCGGAGCCCAUGGAUAAACAGCAAAAGCAGCGCAUCAAGACGUCAGCUCCACGACCAAUCAAAAUCGACGCGGGCGAAGUCCUGGUGUCAAACCAUGCCUCCACGGAGUUAUUUGACAAUGGCACGGAACAUUUGUUGAAUAAUCAAAAAGAGGCGGCGAAGAACCAGGGCGAAGAAUGCCAUGCUGAGCAUACGGCAGAAGGCACUCGGAAUGAUUCGAGAUCAGAAGAUGCCGAGCAGUCCUCUACUCGUUCUUCACAGAUGCAGGAUCAUCGCGUGCCUUGGGAAAAAGACAUCUUCGCAAAAUGGAUUGCAAAAUGGGUGACUGACACAUUUUGGCCACCAUCAAAGGGUUACCAAAGAAUAUGGUAUCUUUGCGGGUGCGGCCAGCACACCUACCUAGAUGUCAGAGAACUUGAACCCGGCGGCGUGGAGAUGGAACGGCGAAGCAUCAGCGAAAGCUCCGCAGCGGCGAGGCGAGCACACUCGCCCCAGAGCAGUGCAGCUUCUGGCGUCCAGGCUCUCCCAACUCCGCCUCCAGUUCACCUGAAUCCGAUCUCUUCUAGAGACACAGCAUCCCCGAGCUCGCCUUCUCAAGAGACGCCAUACGCACCGCGACCAGACCUUAACCCCGUCUCAACAACCUCACCUGGCCCAUCCGCGAUAAUACGACGAGACACAAUGUUCUUGCUAAUCUGUAUCAAUGGUAUGGCGUACAAGACCUUGGGGGAACUCAGAUGUCUUGAUAUCGAUGAUUCCUACACAGCAGACUUCGUCGAAUUCGAACUCAUCCCCCAUCCCGAAGGCAAGGAGGCCUUCCCUUCUCACUUCACUCCCGGCCGUUGGCCCGCGCCGGAUAAUAAACAGUACCGCUACAGGCCUGUCCCAAUGAGAUGCAUUAAGACUAUGAACCUAUGGCAUAUGCGUCGGCCCGGCCCCCAUACUGAGGUCUAUUGGUACAACACCGUGCCUAAAAAGGUGGACGGAGCGCUAUACAGGCCGUCGGGAACGGUCGAGGACGUCAUAGGAUACGGAGUGCGCAUCAAUGAGAGGCUCAACGAUGUGCUUGUUCUCUGGUGGUCUUUAAUCUUUAUUUUGGCCACCGGGGUUUUCGUCUAUGUGUACUCCAGAUGCACGAGCGACAACUCGUCGGCGUUUGGGUUGGGUGCGUACUUGCUGGCUGCUUUUACAGUGUAUAUUCAGCUGCAGUAUGCGUGGUGGAAGAGGGCAUAA